UACGUGGCAAAUGAUGAGGCCCUUUCCACACGCCCCUUACACAAAGCCGUGUGUGGAAACCUCACCCGCCCCUCUCUCGUGCUAAACUUCGUCGCUCCGGUUAGUCAUCCCAAACGGACUCCCGAUCUGCCGGGGGAUCGAUUUCUUUCUAGGGCUUUGAGCGGCCGAUCCAUUCAUCCUGUAUUGGAUUGGAUUCCGAGGUUCUCCAAUCCCUUAUCCUAUAUCAUUGCGACGAAUUCAAUUCUUGAGGUUAUUUGUUUGAUUUUGAUCUCCUUUGUUCUUGUUCCGAGCCCUCGAUUCGGGGAUUUUGGGAUAAUACGGAGGGAUUUGAUGAACUAUGGAUGGCAACAAGGAUGAAGCUGCAAGAUGCGUCAAGAUAGCUAAGUCCGCUUUAGCAUCCGGAGAUAAGCAGCGGGCUCUAAAACUCAUCAAAAUCGCGCGAAGAUUGGAUCAUUCUCUUCCUCUGGAUGGUUUGCUUGUUGCUUGCGAGAAGUUAGAUGGUUCCGAUGCUGUGAACCGCAAGGAAGAGGUAGCAGCAGAUCGAGUUCGCGAAGAGCCAUCGUGCUCCAAGGCGGCGGAGACUGCAGGUGAAGGACAUGACUACACGGAAGAUCAUGUUAGGCUGAUUCGUCAGAUCAAAAUGACCAAGGAUUACUAUGCCGUUCUCGGGGUCGAGAAGAAUUGCUCGGUCGAGGAAAUCAGGAAGGCUUAUAGGAAGUUGUCGCUUAAGGUGCAUCCUGACAAGAACAAGGCACCGGGAGCGGAGGAGGCCUUCAAGUCCGUUUGCAAGGCGUUCAAGUGUCUGAGUGAUGAGCAAUUAAGGCGAAAUUAUGACCAGACUGGUGUGCCCGAAGAUUCCGAGUACAACCUGCAAAACGUUAGCAUGAGGAGGCGAAGGAGGAGGAGAACCACAAAGAAUGACUUCUUGGAUGAGGAUUUCGACCCGGAUGAAAUCUUUAGGUCUUUCUUCUUUGGUACUCAAGGCAAUGCGUUUCGCACCCAACGAGCUUACAGGGCAAGAGGAAUGGGCCAGCAUUUCAGGGAACAUAAUGUUCAAGGAGGAGGUGGAGGGUUUAGUUUCAUAGCCUUGUUUCAGAUAUUGCCAAUCUUGCUUUUUUUCCUGUUUUUGUAUUUCCCUUUCCCGGAGCCACAUUAUUCUUUGCAGAAGACUCGUGUAUACGAGAUUCCUAAGGUUACUGCAAAAGAUGGAGUACAGUAUUUUGUUAAGUCAGCAGAUUUUGAACGAGAGUUUCCUCUAGGAAGUUCUUCAAGAGAGACUCUUGAAUACAAUGUUUUUAGAGACUAUAGAAGCAUACUCAGCCGAUAUUGUCGUAUUGAACUGCAAAGACGUCAGUGGUCCAGGAGUUAUCCCACACAAUACUGUGAUAAACUUCGGAAUCUUCAAGUUGCUUGAUGGUCUAGUGAGGGUUCAUGGAGGUUUCUUCAAGUUGGUAAUGAAGAAUUCUAUUAACAAUCUGAGUUGCCAUAUAAAUCAAAGAGGAUGUUACUUGCACAAUAUAAGAGAGAGAUAGGUUGAUCAUUCACGAAGGAACAUGACUUGGUGCUGAUAGGUCUGGUGGUUGAUAGACCUAUAUUUGUAAGACUGGCAUUGAAAGCAAGCAAAUCAGGGAAAACGAUACUCGUGUGACAAGUUACGUAUAACUAUAGAUGAUAUCCUUGUCUUUGAUAAUUUCGAAUUGUGUGCCUUACGAUUUUAUCUCUGCAAAGAAGUAAAAGGGAGAAUGUCAACCGGCAGGCUUCAGCUAGUGAUCAAUUUGAUGAUCGGUUGCGUGCAAUUUGAGCAUCAUUUCUUGUUUAAAGUACACGUGAUAACUCGCUGCAAUUUAUCUUUGUCUAGUGCUUUGUUAUGGGUUUUACCAUCUUUUUCUGCA